AGCCUUCUGCAUCAAGGCCUCUGGCAUACCCCGCUUCGUCUGCGCACGCUCGGCCUCUUGCCGCUCCGCCCUUGCCGCGAUGAACCGCGUGGUGCUCGCCGUGUGCGCCCUGGUGCUGUCCAGCCAUGGUUGCGUCGCCGAUGAGCAGACCACGACCAUGGAGGAGCGCCGCCUGACGGACGACACCACCAUGGCCGACGACACAACGAGCGCCGCGUCUCGCACCGGAAGCCCUGGCACCGUGCUCCUGGCGCUCCUCGCCUGUCUCUACGUGGGCAGCGCGGCGGGUGCGGCGCUGGACGAGUCCACCACGAUGGCCGACGAGCGCCGCCUGACGGACACCACCAUGGGCGACGACACGACGAGCGCCGCAGCUAGAGGCGGCGCCCUUGGCACCGUGCUCCUGGCGCUCCUCGCGCUCCUGUUCGUGGGCAACGCGGCUGGGGCAGCAGUGGACGAGUCCACCACGAUGGCGGACGAGCGCCGCCUGACGGACACCACCGUGGCCGACGACACGACGAGCCCCGCGGCCCCCCGCGCGGCGUUCCGGACGGCGCCGCUGCUCGCCCUGGCUGCGGCGCUUGGUCUUGCAGCCCAUCGCUAAGCCCUCCAAGCCUUGCUUGUCGAAUUCCAUUUUGGCCACUCCUUGUUUGGUGCAGCGGCAGCGAGCCCUCGCGAAUGCCUGCGCUGCGGUCGAGGCAUGUUGCCACGCCGCUCGUCUCCUCGAAAAGCGAGGGCCGGGAGGCGUGCAGUUGGUCACGGGCCAUAUCAAGCGUAGGCUUCGGCCGAAGCCAACCCCAGAUGCAGCGGCCCUCGCAGAAGGCGCGGGCCGCCGCCGUCCCGGCGGGCGGCCGAUCCACGCUGUCGUGCUACCCGUUCCCCGCGAAUCUGAAGAAUUCGGCCACGGACUUAAAGGGUUCCGUGCCGGAUUUUCGGAUACGGCAUAUGUUCAAGGCGGCAGCGAGUGCCAGGGUCGGCUUCCCACAUCGAGCCCAGCUCUUGGAUGCCCACACUACAUGCCUUCGGAUCAGCCAAAGUGCCAACUUGCCCUCGGACCCCCCCCAAAAAAAACGCCCCCAAGACAGCCC